AUGUGGUCUGAAUCAUGUGAGUUAGGUGCCAGAGAAUCCGAUCUCACAGGAAUGGGUGAGAAGGAAAUUUCUGUUUUGGAUAGAGUUGGGUGUGACAACAAGAGUGACACUGAAAGCAUGUAUCCCAUGUAUUUUGGUGUUUCUUGUGCAUUCUUUGCGCUCCAGGUCCUCGCAGAAGUACCACAAGUUGAAGUUGAGAGAUGGUCUAAAAUCCGCGACACCAUGCUUCAAGGGAGUGCUCAGCUCUUGGGGUUGGUCGUGUGGAAGCUUCAGAAAGGAAUGCCAGUUGGGGGAGAGUGCAGACUCAAAUGUGCUGAGAGAGAAAUUGAGAAUUUGAAGAGGAUGAGGCAUGAGGAUGCCAAGGCCAAUGAGAAAGUUGUGGGAAUCUUUGCAGCACAAGAGCAAAGCUGGUUAAGUGAAAGGAGGAGACUCCGCCAGCAGAUUGGGGCUCUACUGAGUGAGUUGAGAGUUUUUGAGAGAAACAAGGAUGCUGCUAUCUCUGAUUUGAAUCAGAAAUUGAAGGACAUGGAAGCCUUGGUGGAGUCAAGAGACAAGGAGAUGGAACAAGAGGAGCAGAAGAGGAAAGAACUAGAAGAAAAACUGAACAAGGUUGAAAGGGAUGCUGAAGAAAUGAGAGAAUCUGCUAGGCGUGAAGCUCAAGAGCAUUCUUCUGAUCUCAGGAAGCACAAAACUGCCUUCAUUGAGCUGGUGUCAAACCAAAGACAGCUCGAGGCUGAACUUGGUCGCCAAGUUAAGCAAGUGGAAGCUACUAAACAAGAACUUGCUUCUGUAGUAGAGAAGAAGGAGGAAUCAGAUUUGAUGGUCCAGAAGUUAUCUUUGGAGAUGGCAAAGUUUCACAAAGAUUUGGAACAGAAGGAUAAAAUUUUAUCAGCUAUGUUGAGGAAGUCUAAACUGGACACUGCAGAAAAGCAAAUGCUGUUAAAGGAGGUUAAGUUAUCAAAAGCUAGGAGGAAGCAAGCUGAGCAGGAGACACAGCGGUGGAAAGCAGUUUCAGAAGGAAAACAUGAAAGACAUUCCUUAAAAAGCAUGUUGGUGAACUUAAGCUCAAGGAUGGAUGUUUUCCCUAGUGCUAGAGGUAUGCAGCAUAAUUCCACAGGGUCCUCACACAUUGAAAAUGAACCAGACCAACUUUCCCCCUUUCCUGAUCACUAUUUGCAGCAAAGAAAUGGAGACUUGUCCAUUCCUGCUAAUGCUAAGCGUUUGGAAGAUUGGAUGCGAGCUGAGGCAGAAAGGUAUGCAACCUUGAUUAAACAGAGGCAUCAUUUAGAGCUAGAUGCUUUUGCUGAACAAAUGCAACUCAAAGACGAGAAAGUAGAGGCGUUUCGCUGGCAGUUGUUGAGAACAGGGUUAGAAAUGAAACAGAUGCAGGCACAUGUGGAGGGGCUGGUUAAGGAUGUGACACAGCUAAGACAUGACAAGAUGAGAUUGGAGACCCUACUGUUGGAGAGAGAAGAUGAACUGACUUCCCUGAAAGAGCAAUUCGUAUCAAAAUUGAGGCCCUUAAAAAGUAACUCAAAUUUGGCUCCACAAUCUUCAGAACUAGCCCAAGAUGCUGUCUGGUCAAGAGUCAAGGUUGUCAAGAGAAAACCAGGUGAAAAAGUGCUAGAAAUGAUGGAAACUUUAGUUGAGGAAGACUGUGAGAAGGAAGUACACUGUCUGCCCGAUGAUCAGCUUAACAGUGCUAAUUUACUGGUUCAAUCUCCAGAAAAUGAGAUCGAAGAAGAAAAAGGUGUUUCUAGGGAGGAUAGUCGUACUCCUAUGCAAAACCAAAGUCCAAAUAAAGUAGACGCUGAUGCUUCUGAAAAGAUAGCAUCUACCAGCCAGACCCCCAGUACAACAAAGCAUUCCCUAUGGAGGAUGGAUCUUCAUGCUCUUGGAAUAUCUUACAAGAUCAAGAGGCUGAAGCAGCAACUUGUUCUUGUUGAAAGGUUAACAGGAAAGCAAGCCAAUGAAGAACAAGCAGAAAUUACUGAUGAUAGCAAAGCUGGUAUGAAGGCAUACCUGUCCUUGACUACUUUGCUAAACAAACAAGUUGGAAGAUAUCAGUCCCUCCAAGAGAAGACAGAUGAUCUUUGCAAACGGAUGCACGGGAAUGACCUCUAUGCAAACCGUGGAGAUGUGAAUGGUGCAAGAGCAAAGGAGAAAACUUCAACCCUGGAGCACUUCCUAGAGGAGACAUUUCAAUUACAGAGGUACAUAGUUGCAACUGGACAAAAAUGGAUGGAAAUUCAGUCCAAAAUUGUUUCUGGCUUUGUUGGGGUGGCAGAAGAGAUGGAGAAAAGUUCAGGCAUAGACAUGAACAGGUUUGCCGACAGCAUUAGAAAUCUGUUCCAUGAAGUUCAAAGAGGUCUAGAAGUUAGGACAUCUAGAAUUAUAGGAGACCUUGAGGGAACACUAGCUCGUGAAGGAAUGACAUGUUUGAGAAGGUAA